AUGGUGUUCCGCUUGUGUCUCCAGGAAGUGCAGCGGCAAGCGUCCCUCUUCUCACUCUACUCAGAGGUCUUGUCGGCCAUCCCCUCCCUGGUGGUCACGCUCAUGGUGGUGGCCUACAGCGACCGCGGUGGCCGUAAGCUGGCCAUCAUCCUUCCCCUGGUCGGCACGCUGGCGUACACCCUGGCCCUCCUGUCCGUCUCCUACUUCGAGCUCAACGUCUACAUCCUGGUGGGCUGUACGCUCAUCUCUGCUCUAUGCGGGGGCCUGGGCACCUUCCUGGGGGGCUGCUUUGCCUACAUCGCCGACCUGAGCGAGGACGGCCAGCAGAAGACGUUGCGCAUUGCAGGGCUGGACUCGAUGAUUGGCUUGUUGUCGGGCGUGGCCGCCCUGUCGACGGGCUACUUCCUGAAGGUGGCGGGCUUCAACUGGCCCUUCCUGACCUCCGCCGUGUGUCAAGUGUUCAUCCUGUUGUACGCCAUCUUCAUUCUGGAGGAGACCGUCAAGCAGCCUCCCCCUGACGCCGCCAAUCUGGGCGAGUCCCAGCAGCGCUGGGCCAUGCAGCAGAUGUUCUACGGCGUCUACCAGAUGUUUGCGGGGGCCAGCCCAAAGCGCCGGGCGUUACUGAUCCUCCUGAUGUUGAUCUUCAACAGCUUCUGCUUCACCUACAUGGGCGGGAUCUCCCUCUUUGUGCUCUAUGAGCUCAACGAGCCGCUGUGCUGGACCGAGAUCCUGAUUGGCUAUGGCACGGCGCUGUUCACCGCCAUCUUCCUGUCCAGCUUUAUGGGCGUGGCGGCGUUCACGUACUGCGGCACGCCUCAGCUGCUGAUAGUCCUGAUGGGCAUCCUGUCCGUAGCCAUGGGCAUGGUCAUGAUGGCGUUCUCCAAAACAACGCUCAUGGUAUUUCUGGCGAGGGUGCCGAUGCUCCUGUCCAUCAUGCCGUAUGCUGUGCUGCGCUCCAUGAUGUCAAAGAUCAUCCCCAAAUCGGAGCAGGGUGAGCAUCCGCUGAAGCGCCACGUUUGUAGACUCUACCAGAAGUACUCUUGUUGUACUCGAACCUACUCGAGACUAAGUUUCUCAUGCAUGUGCAGGCGCCCUGUUCGCCUGCCUGGCCUUUCUGGAGGUGCUGACGUCCAACGUGUCGGUGGCGGUCUUCAACAGCUUGUACGCGGCCACGGUGGCGUGGUAUCCUGGUUUUGUCUUCUUGCUGUCCGCGGGACUCUGCUUGAUCCCCAUGUUGCUGCUGGGGGUGGUGUGCGUGAUCGGACUGGACGUGACUAACGAGGACCCUGGUAGCACUUCCCAAGGAGACAAGAAGACCACGGAGACAUCUGAAGACCAGAACGACCUCAGUCCUCUGCUAACGUGAAGACCAAGUCCCCGUCCUCCCCUCACAUUACUGAUUUUAUCCACUCAUCUUGAACUCUUAUUUUUUUUUUUACAGCUAGAAGGUCAAAGAACAGGUGACAGUCGGCAGACAGGUUCUGCAUCCUCAGGCUAUUAUUAAUAUCUAUUAUUACUUACAAAACUUCCUGGUGGCCCAGCUGCGGCGUCGUGGUCAUGUGGCAUUUCACACGAAAUGUAAUCAAGGGAGAAGGAACGUUUUAUUGUGUAUAACGGGUGCUCCCUCAGGGAAAUUAGAGCACCUCCACUAAUAGGAAUAAUCAUUUUAUAAAUGAAAAUGGAAUCACAGACUGUUUCAACUUAGUAAUUAUUUAGAAAAUGCAAAUGUGUGUGUAAAGUACCAUGCAGUGUGUUAAAAAUAUAUAUGAUCAUUCCUGCAGACA